GAAAUGUGUGCGAAACAGGUGUAUGCCUUUCCUAUUUCAGUAUUUCUAUCCCUACUUCAAAUUCAUUUCAUUCAUUCAUACACACAGCACCCAACCCUUCUUCUCACAUCACAAACAUGGAAACCAUAGAGCACAAAACAGUGGAAGUAAACGGCAUCAAGAUGCAUGUUGCAGAGAAAGGAGAAGGCCCCGUGGUGCUCUUCCUCCACGGCUUCCCGGAGCUCUGGUACACGUGGCGCCACCAGAUUCUGUCUCUAUCCUCCAAGGGUUACCGCUGCGUGGCCCCGGAUCUCCGCGGCUACGGAGACACCGAUGCUCCUUCUUCAGUGAGCAGCUACACUUGCUUCCACAUAGUGGGAGAUAUUGUUGCACUCAUGGACUCGUUGGGCGUGGAUCAAGUGUUCCUGGUGGCUCAUGACUGGGGUGCCAUAAUCGGCUGGUACCUCUCAAUGUUCCGCCCUGACAGAGUGAAAGCAUACGUUUGUCUCAGUGUUCCUUUCUUGCCCAGAAACCCAAACGUGAAGCCCGUAGACGCCAUGCGUGCCUUGUAUGGAGAUGACUACUACAUCUGCAGAUUCCAGGAGCCAGGGAAGGCCGAAGCGGAGUUUGGAAAAGCUAAGCCAGAACAUGUGAUCAAGAAGAUGUUUUGCAAUCGUGCAACUGGACCACCAAUUCUGCCAAAACAAGGAAUGCCUUCAAAUCCCCCCAGUACUACUGAAAUUCCUUUACCUAAUUGGUUAACUCAAGAAGAUUUGGCUUAUUUUGCUUCUAAGUUUGAGAAAACUGGCUUCACUGGACCUCUUAACUACUAUAGAAACAUGAACUUGAAUUGGGAGCUGACAGCGGCAUGGACUGGGGUCCAAAUCAAAGUGCCGGUGAAGUUCAUCACAGGUGAAUUGGAUAUGGUAUACACUUCCCCUUCGAUUAAACAGUACAUAGAGAGCGGUGCUUUCAAGAGGGAUGUGCCAGAUUUACAAGAUGUGGUUGUGCAACAAGGGGUAGCUCACUUCAACAACCAAGAAGCUGCUGUGGACGUAACCAAUCACAUUUAUGACUUCAUUAACAAGUUCUGAUAUUAAUUAUGUUAUCAUCACAGUUAUAUUUUCGUUUUUCUUAUUUGGUCUAGUUUUCUCCUGUAAUUAAAAAUAUUGAAACCGUGAUGUUAUGUCAUUUUCUUUUAAUUGCAAGAUCAAAUCAGUUCUACUUCGAUAUCAAUAAGCUAAAUUUAUAUUUAUUUGA